CCAAAACACCCGCUUUCCCAAGCAAGCGAGCAGCUUUUCCACACUGCCCACUCCGCUCCCCACGCGGCGCCGGCCAGCAAACCAACCAGCAAUGCCGGCGGUCGACACCCACGCCGCGGAGGCGCUUGACGAAAGCGCGCCUCCUCCCCGCCCACUCCGACCGCCGCCGCCAACCCGCCCCUUAUCCCUCGCCUCCGCGCUCCCCUUCUGGUUCUACCUCGCCGCCGCCGUCUCGCUCCUCGCGCUCGUCCUUCCCCACCUCCUCCCAGCCUCCUCCCCCGCGUCGCUCCCGCCUCUCCUCCGCCGCCACCUCGCCGCCGGCCGCGUCCUCAAGCUAGACCCCUCCCCCGGCCUCUUCGCCCUCACCUCCCGCCCUGCCGGCGGUUCCCCCGCGCACUGCGUCCUCAUCCUCCCCGGCCUCGCCGCGGGAUCCUUCUCUUUCCGCCGCGUCAUCCCCGCCCUCUCCUCACGUGGCAUCCUCGCCGCGGCCCUCGACCUCCCCGGCCAGGGCCUCUCGCCGGCGCCGCCCCCCGCGGCCGCCCCCGCGCGCGCCAGCGCUCUCCGGGAGAUCAUAGACCGCGGAGUCUUCCACGCCUUCGAGCACCUCGUCCAGACCGGCGAGGUGCCGUACCAGGAGCCCGCGGCCGCGGGGGCGCCGCCGGCCGCGUCCCCGUACGCUCCCACCGAGGCGGCCGCGGCCGUCGCCCGCGCUGUGGAGGCGUUCGGCGUCGCCCCCGUCCACCUCGUGCUCCACGACUCCGCUCUCGCCGCCGGGGUCGCGUUCGCGUCGGCCAACCCGGGGGCGGUCCGGAGCGUGACAUUGGUCGACGCCACCGCGUCCCUGCCGGCGUUCCCGGCCGCGGUCUUCGACGUGCCCGUGCUGGGGAGGCUGGUGCUGCAGUUGCCGGCGCUGUUCCGUGGGCUGGUGCGGCUGUGCUGCGCGCGGGCGAUGGGGGCCGAGGAGGCGGAGGCGCACCGGGCGGCGAUGCGUGGGGAGGGGAGGACACAGGGGGUGGUUGAGGCAUGGAAGGCGAUGAACCAAAGCUUGGAGCUUGGGGAAUGGAGGCUUUCUUCGGAGGAGGUGAGGAGGCUGCCGAUGAUGGUGCUUUGGUCGGGGACUUGGUCAGAUAAGUGGAUCGAUGAGGGGAAGAAGGUGGCGGCUGCGUUGCCGGAUGCUAAAUUCGUCUACCAUUCCGGCGGUCGAUGGCCUCAGGAGGAUGCCUAUGAGGAAAUCUCAGAGCUGAUAGCGGAGUUUGUGACCUCAACACUAGCAUCUCCAAAGAAAUAAAGAGAAGAAUACCCGCCACAGCAUGUCGACCAUUAAUUUGAAGAAGCAUGGACCAACUACUCUUAUGACAACCUUUAAGGACCAGAUUCAUGGCCAUUGUCAAGGAUCAAAAAUCGAGAUUCUGAUUACUGAUCUGUCUUGGGCAAGCUGCUCCUAAUCCUGCUGAUCCGGGGACGAUAUCCUCCAGGGACCUUUUUUUAUUUAUUUACAAAUGCGCCCUUAGAGCCUCUUGUCUUGGUUUUUCGGUUGAUGAUGAUAAGCUUAACUUGAGACAUCGGCUUCAGCAGAGUUUCUCUUAGUAGAUACUUAAGAUAUGAAUCACACUAGUGUAAUGUUUUUUUUGUUGUUAUAAAUGUGCACUGAUACUUGCUGUCUUGCUUGUAUCUUAAAACUGCCAGGUACUGAUUCAGGAUAGCAUUUGUGUUUUUACCAAACAUGCCCUGUGCUAGUAUGUAUUCAUUUUAGCAUUACUUUGAAGGCAAUAUAUUGUAUGCAUU